AUGCUCUGUACUCUGCAGGCGGCCCAGCCAUGUGCCAAGGAGCGUACGCUUGCCCUUUCGCCCCUUUUCCUUGGUGGUGAUGCAGAAAAGGAAGGAAGAAAAACGAGAGAGAUACAGAGAAUAGCAGCAAGGCAACAACCACCACCACCUCCUCCGAUACCACCGCCGGCCUCACACCCGGGCGACUGGACGAUUGGCGUUCCUCUGGUUGAUAUAGCAAUAUCCGUGUUCCCGAGACGUCCGACAGACACACGCUCCAAAGGAGGAGCGCCGAGCAAAAGCCCAGGCGUUGGCCUCUGGACGCUGGUCGCUGGUCGCUGGGCCGCGGAGGUCGCCGCCAGAUUCACAUCUGCUCCUGUCGCCGUCCAAACUGAGCGUCUAGAAUCGCCAACGCCUCACCGCGAGGAUGAACCGGCCCUGCGACGGCGCCCCGGUCGGCUGCGCGUUUGGGGGCGCCCCGGCCUUCCGCUGCUGCUCGCAAUUCACCAUAUCCAGCAUCCAACAUCCAACAUCCAACAUCCAACAAACAUCCAACAAUAUCUGGAGAUCCCAAAUAUCCCAAUCACCAAUUCCGACACGCCACCCUUAGGCCUAAUCCAAGCUCCUCUCACUCACUCACUCGCUCCACCCCUGCACCCGGCAUCGAGCCUCGACAUUUCCAAAGCUCAAUCAAAGUACUUUAGGAAAAAACCAAUCCAAUUAGCCUCCAUCGUCCUCUCUGCUGCAAACGGCAUAGCUGCCAGCACAAUUGUCCAUUUAGAGACGCACUUCAAGAAGUCAGAACUCCCAAUGGCAAGCAGUAUUAUAAGCCAUCAGAGACCAACGGCGGUAGGUCCGGAUCCCUUCUCGCUCAACAGACAACGAAUUCAUAACGAUACCUCAAUUGCACCCGCAUUUUCUUGGGACUCCAACCCUUAUAACGACCCGGCGCUCGUGAGUUCAGACUCAUGUGAGUCGACGUUACCGUCACCAACCUCGCCCAGCCCCAUCAUCUAUCCAGGCAAUCCGUACUCGUUACCCAAAGACGAUAGCAAGUCGGAGCAGGCAUUCAACUUCGAUUCCUUUGAGGAUUGGAUGCGGUGGGACGACCCAAGCGACCCGACAAUUGCCCAAGCAACCAACUUCUUCCCCGAUAUCAAGGCCGAACCAUCAUCUCCUACCAUGGAGGAAUUGGAACUCCAAGGCAGUGGGAUUGGAAGUUUCGGGACAUGUAUCAAUUCCGCGGACGAAUGCGUCGUGUUUGGCGGAGAUGCCUUCUCGGAGGAACCAUUAUUCGAGAGCCCAACCGCCUUGAUCCAACCUCCAGUCACAGACCUUCCCCCAAGAGAGAAUCUAUAUUCCACACCCCUUUCUUGGUCGCGUCCGUUGCCAACCGCUGUAAACCCCAACUCCUACAGCGGCCGACUCUCUCCACAACAAGAAUCACGCCUCCGCGAAAUUGCCAUGCCUUCUCGAUCCCCGUCCAAUAAGAUGGAAUACCCGGCAUCACCCUCUUUGGCAUCCUCACCGGAGCCCUGCACCAACAACCGAAGGAAGAGAAAGACCAGCAUUGACGAGGAUGCGGAGGAUAGCCCAACCGAAGCUGUCGGAAACAAGAGGCAUCCACCGGUCAAGAAGACGGCCCACAACAUGAUCGAGAAACGGUACCGGACAAAUCUGAAUGACAAGAUUGCCGCACUCCGCGACUCGGUCCCCUCAUUAAGAGUCAUGAGCAAGAAAAACUCCCGAGGAGAGGAAAUAGAGGAGGAUCUCCAGGGCCUUACACCGGCGCACAAGCUCAAUAAGGCCACCGUUCUCUCGAAAGCAACGGAAUACAUCGCACACCUCGAGAAGCGCAACAAAUAUCUAGCGAAAGAGAACUCGGCGCUUAAAGCCCGUGUCGAUGCAUUUGAGAUUCUCGUGAUGUCGAGGCAACAAGCAGUUAGCCAGCAACGGCCACGGGGAUCCAUGUCAAAUAUGCCAGGAGAGUCGCCCAUAUUCAACAUGGAUGGCAUGGUAUCUUGA